AUGUCGAUUCCACUCUCCCAACCAUCAUCUAACCCAAGAAAGAUUCCGAGUGUUAUCUUCAUUGUACUUUUUACAUAGGAAAAUGUCCCAGAGUUCUCCUCACAAUACGGAGUAGAAAGUAUCUUAAAUCAGCUGAAUGAGCUCUAUUCAAAAUACAAAUUCAUGGAAGCUCAAUUGCUGAGGUCCAAACAAGUGCUCACAGCAAAGCUGCCAGACAUAACGAACGCAUUGGAGACUGUGAACUAUCUCGUAUCUGCAGAUAAAGACCUUGUUUUAGACUUUCAGCUUUCAGACGCCUUAUGGACAAAAGCGGAAGUUCCAAGGAGCAAUACAGUAGCUUUAUGGUUGGGAGCUAAUGUGAUGCUUGAGUACUCCCAUGAAGAGGCCAAAGAACUUUUAGAGAAAAACCUGUCUGGAGCUCAAACUGCGCUGGAUUCGACCAAUGAAGACUUGAAAUUCUUAAAAGAACAAAUCACAGUCUGUGAAGUCAACGUUUCACGAGUUUACAAUUAUUCUGUUUAUCUACGCCAGCACCAAGCUAAAUAA